AGUGUUGGCUUGCUUGAAGCAAAACUGCAUAUCGACGACGAUGACUUUGAAGAAACUGACGGCCAUGUCUAUCCUGUUUGGAACGUCACUGAAGCAGUAUAUCCAUCUCAUCAGUAUCAUCGUGCUGAAGACUGUGGUGUGCGGAUGCGAAACAUGGUCGUUGACGAAACGCAGUUUGUUGUGAAAGACUCGCGCUCAUCAACAUCGCAGGAAUCACCCCUGCCCAAUCGAGCACGUCGAUAUACGCUUGACACGACCGCUACUACUUCUGCAGCCAACGACAACGGCUCAUCCACAAGUCCAAAAUCGCUGCCCACCACUGACUACGGCGAUUUGCAUCGAAAGUUUCUGGAAGUAGUCCCGGAAAUGGAAGCUGGUAUUACUGACAAUGAAUUCGAGAAUGAACCAUCUACGGCCGAGAAAGCAGAACCAACGCGACAGUGUAUGAGGCAUAACACAUCGGCAUCGAAGAUGAUGGAACCAUAA